AUGGAGACUUCACAGUCUUCCAAGAGGGAGCUCCUACCUAUUAAGUGGGAAUUUGUGUCCCUCUUCCUCUCGUUCGACCACGAGCACAACGCUCACUACUUGUUGCUCAAGACCAAGAGUGACCAGAUGACAUAUCUACUCCUAGCUACCCAGAGGACCGAGCAAGGCUUUCAUAACCUUGUGAAGAAGCAGGAGAGAUUAGAGUGGAUCAUGAAAACUAAGUUCAGUUCUCUUGAUGUCAAGGUGACAGGGAUGGCCACCAAUUUGGAGAAGCUUAAGGCAGAUGUUGAGGCACAUAUGAGUGAUUCUGGGAGGAAGCAGCGUGACGAACUGGUUACUCGCCCUACGCAUGCACACCCGUUCGUCGUCCCACGUGGCCACCCGAUGAUGCACGUAGCUAUAAGGUUCUCGCCGUCGGCUCACUCAAGGCUGAAGUCGUCUGCUCAGGGCACCGACGACCUCCAGCCGUUGGACCUCACCCUGCCGACUACCCUGGGAACUGCCCUGGACACGCUGGAGUAUGUUAUCACCGUCGGCAUCGGCUCCCCGGCGGUGACCCAGACCAUGAUGAUCGACACCGGCAGCGACGUGUCAUGGGUGCGCUGCAACUCCACGGACGGGACGACGCUCUUCGAUCCCAGCAAGUCGACCACGUACGCCCCGUUCUCUUGCAGCUCCGUGGCGUGCACACAGCUUGGAAACAAUGGCAACAACUGCUCAAACUCGCAGUGCCAGUACAUGGUCCAGUACGGCGACGGCUCCAACACCACCGGCACGUACGGCUCCGACACGCUGGCGCUAAGCGCCUCGGACACGGUCAAGGGUUUCCAGUUCGGUUGCAGUCACCACGAGGAGGGCUUCAACCGCGAAAAAUUCGACGGGCUCAUGGGGCUCGGCGGCGACGCGCAGUCGCUCGUGUCGCAGACGGCGGCGACGUACGGCAAGUCCUUCUCGUACUGCCUCCCGCCGACCAACCGCACAUCCGGGUUUCUCACCUUCGGCGCGCCGAACGUGACGUCCGCCUUCGUGACGACGCCGAUGCUCAGAUGGCCACGGGUGCCGACGUUCUACGGCGUGCUUCUCCAGGACAUAUCCGUGGGCGGAACUCUGCUCGGAAUACAGCCCACCGUCCUCUCCAACGGAUCGGUGAUGGACUCUGGUACUAUCCUCACGCGGCUACCACGGAGGGCCUACUCGGCGCUCUCGUCGGCGUUCAGAUCCGGCAUGACCCGGUACCCGCGGGCGGCCCCCGUCGGCAUCCUGGACACCUGCUACGACUUCACCGGGCUAAGAAACUUCUCUGUCCCGACCGUCGAGCUGGUGUUCGACGGCGGCGCGGUCAUGGACCUCGAUUAUGACGGGAUCAUGAUCUCAGACUGCCUCGCGUUCGCUGCCACCAGCGGCGUUAGCAUCAUCGGCAACGUGCAGCAACGGACGUUCGAAGUGCUGCACGACGUCGGCCAGGGCGUUUUUGGCUUCCGAUUUUGGAACUUGCCCUUGGACAUACGGCCCUCCGGGGUCGGCAGGCCAAGAGUCGUCGUCAUCGACGAGGACGCGCCACCACCGCCACCAGUCCGCCAUGGCGACGCCGGGUCCAGCAGGGGCGCCCGCGUCAAGGAGGAGAAGGCCGACGACGAGGAUGGCGGCGACGACAGCGACUACUCGUGCCUCGACUGUCGCACCGAGGUGAAGCUCCUCGUCUCGGGGAUGGAUUAG